AUGUUCUACACACAUGUGCUUAUGAGUAAGAGAGGGCCAUUGGCCAAAAUCUGGCUGGCAGCUCACUGGGAGAAGAAACUCACGAAGGCCCAUGUAUCUGAGUGUAAUCUAGAGAUAACCAUUGAAAAAAUUAUUUCACCUAAGGUGAAAAUUGCACUUCGAACUUCAGGACACCUUCUUUUGGGAAUUGUUCGAAUCUAUAAUAGGAAGGCAAAAUAUCUUUUGGCAGAUUGCAGUGAAGCAUUGCUUAAAAUGAAGAUGACAUUUCGCCCAGGACUAGUUGACCUUCCAAAAGAGAAUUUUGAAGCAACUUACAGUGCUAUCACGCUGCCAGAAGAAUUUCAUGAUUUUGAAAUCCAGAAUGUGAAUGCUAUUGAUGUGUUAGAAAAAUUUACUCAGAACCAAAGCAGACCAGAAGAAAUCACACUUAAAGAAGAUUAUCACAAUGAUCUAUUUUUCCAAGCUGGGAGUUUUGGGGAGGAACCUGAAAUUCUCAGAAGCCAUAGCUUCUUUGAUGACAACAUAUUGCUGAAUUCCAGUGGUCCUGUAGUUGAAAAUAGUUCUGGAAGCCUCAGUGGAGAAAAAUCUCUGCUCUAUGACAGUGGGGAUGGAUUUGGUGAUGAAGGAGCUGCAGGAGAAAUGAUCGACAAUCUGUUGCAAGAUGAUGAGAAUAUCCUGUUAGAAGACAUGCAUUUAAAUGGAGAAAUUCCCUUGCCUCCUGAGUCUCCCAAUAAUAUAGUGGUAGAACCAGAUAAUCCAGAGUAUAUACAUCUACUGGAAAGUGAAAAAAUGUAUGAAACCACAUUAUCAAAUGAAGAUGAAGGACUUACUCUUGAUCCAAUUGAUGCUUCAGAUAUUGCUUGGAAAAGGAAAAGCAAAAAGAGGAAAUUGCUCAUAGAUCCAGUCAAGGAGAUCAGUAGCAAAAUUAUGCAUAAACAGCUUACUUCCUUUGCUGACACUCUCAUGGUUUUGGAACUUGCACCUCCUACCCAAAGACUGAUGAUGUGGAAAAAGAGGGGAGGAGUGGACACACUUCUGUCAACUGCUACCCAGGAUCUGACUCAUACUGAACUGAAAAUGUUAUUUACAAAAUGCUUUCUGUCCUCUGGCUUUAAACUUGGAAGAAAAUUGAUGCAGAAGGAAUCAAUAAGGGAAGAAAUGAAAGGUGGAAGCAUAGUAGAGACCUCUAUGAUGAAAGAUCCAAGUUCCCAGCAAGAGUUAAGUCAACACAAAACUUGGAAGGAUGUGAUUGAUGGGUCAAAUUGUAGCUCGCAUGAGGAUGCCAAUAAAAAUAUUAAUUCUGAGCAGGAUAUUGUUUCUUUGGCUGCUGAGGAAUCCUCUUUAGUGAAUGUCAUCUUGGCACAAGAAAUUGAAAAUUGUCCAGUUGAAUUGGAGUCAUUGGGAAAUGAAAAAAAUAUUGAGGGAGAGAGAUGGAAUCAAAGAAUACAUCAGAUGUUAAAUGCUUUGCGGGAAUCCAACAAGACAGGAAUGAAAUGCUUUAGUCUGAUGACUCUCUGCAGAAAUAGUGACCGAAAACAAACUGCUGCCAGAUUUUAUAGCUUUCUUGUCCUGAAAAAACAGCGGGCUAUUGAGCUGAGCCAGUGUGCCCCCUAUGCAGAUAUUAUAGCUACAGUGGGACCAAUGUUCUAUAAAAUAUAA